UGCAACACAAUAUAUAACCUAAAAUUUGAAAUUCUACAAAGUUUUACUAAAAGUUUUGUCGAAGAAUUAAUAAAACUGACGUUUAUGCUCUGUUAUGUUUUCAACAAAAGUAAUUAAAUUAUAGUUGGAUGUACGUUGUUAUAUAACAUUUGCAUAUGGUUUGUAUAGCUUUGUAUUACACAACAUUGCACAUCAACUUUUAACAACGUGGAUAUAAAACAUUCAUUAUUACAAUGAAGUGUCAUUAUGAGAUAUUAGGAGUUGCACGAAAUGCUUCUGAUGAUGAUUUAAAAAAAGCCUACAGAAAAGUAGCAUUAAAAUGGCAUCCAGACAAAAAUUUAGAUAAUCCAGAAGAGGCAAAGGAACAGUUUCAACUUGUUCAACAAGCAUGGGAAGUAUUAAGUGAUCCUCAUUCUCGUACUUGGUAUGAUAAUCACCGUGAAGCUAUCUUAAAAGGUGGCAUUGGAGAAGAUUACAAAGAUGAUUCUCUUGACCUUACUCAAUAUUUUUCAACUGCAUGCUUUAAAGGAUAUGGAGAUGAUGAAAAAGGAUUUUAUACUAUCUACCGUAAUGUUUUCGAGAAAUUAGAAGCUGAAGAUGCAGAAUUUGUAAAAGAAGGAGACUCUGAUGAAGAAAUUCCAAGAUUCGGAGACUCGCAAAGUUCAUACGAAAAAGUAGUCCAUAAUUUUUAUGCUUAUUGGCAAAGUUAUAGUACAAAGAAAUCAUUUGCUUGGUUAGAUCCUUAUGAUAUUAGAGAUGCUCCAAAUAGACGAGUAGGACGAUUGAUCGAAAAAGAGAAUAAAAAGAUUCGAGAAAAAGCUAAAAGAGAAAGAAAUGAACAAGUACGAAAUCUGGUGACCUUCGUACGUAAACGUGACAAACGUGUACAGGCUUACGCAGCAAAACUUGCAGAACGUGCGAAAGAAAAUUUGAAGAAAGGAGAAGGAAGAAUAAGACAACAGUUAUUAGAGAAACAAAAACAAUUGAAAGAAUAUAAAGAAUGCGAAUGGUCUAAAUUUUCAAACAUAGAAGCUGAACUUAAAAGUAUCGAAGCUAAUCUUGCUCAAGAAUUCGGUGAGAGUUUAUCUUCCGAAGAAGACACAAUAGAUGAAAAUACAGUAGAAGAUAAUAUUUUAUAUUGUGUAGCUUGCAACAAACUAUUUAAAACACAUAAAUCAUUUACAAAUCAUGAAAACUCUAAAAAACACAAAGAUAAUAUUACUGCCAUGAAGAUAUCAAUGAUAGAAGAUGAUGAAGAAUUUGAAAGUUCUGCAGAUAGUGAUAUUAUUCCAGAAGAUGUAACUUUGGCUGUAGGGCCACAAAUGGAUGAUGCCAUUUAUGUUCCACCACGUACAAUUGAAAAUGACAAUGAAUCUACAACUUCUGAAGAGGAACUUAUUUCUGAUCAAGAAGAAGAGGAAACUUUUCGAUCUAAGAAACAAAAAAACAAGAAGAAACGAAAGAAGAAUGUUCAAAAUCCAUUAACAGAGGAAACUAGUGACGAAGAAGAUAAAAGUGACAAAGAGGAUAUAUUUUUAUCAAAAAAACAACGCAAAAAGCAGCAACAAAAGAAAGCUGCGUUAAAUAAAAUUUUAGAAACUAUUCAACAGGAAGCUAAUGAUAAAAUUGAGGGGACUGAAGAACAAGUAGAAAAAGAAAUAAAUGUAGCAGAAUUACACUAUGAGAAUUUAGAAAUAAAUACUACGACCAAUAGUAAAUCUAAAACUAAGAGAACUAAAGCUAGCAAAAAGUCAAACAAACAACCAGAAAAGGAAAAUGAAAAUAAAGUUAAAAAAAUUUCACAAAUGAUGGAUGUUCCAAAUUUGACGCACUGUUGUGUUACAUGCAAAUCAGAAUUUCCUAGUAAAAACAAAUUGUUCGAACAUUUGAAGAAAACGGGUCAUUCUGUAUAUAUUCCGAAUGCAACAAAAAAUAAGAAAAAUCAAGAAAAUUCAAAUAAAAAUAAGGGAAACAAUGAUAAAAAGAGUCAUGAAUAAAACUAAGGAAUAUAUAUAUAUAUAUAUAUAUAUAUAUAUUCAUUAUAGUUUAGUUUACUGUGUAAUUAAUUUAAGAUGUGUGAUAAAUAUUCACUUAAUAAAUUUAUCUCAUAAAUGAUUAUGUGUUCGUGACUUUUACAUAUUGUGUCCAUACCUUAUCUCAUUUAAAAAUUUCAAGAAAAAGUUCUUAUAUUAAUAUUACACGUUGAUGUUGUGUAUUUGUGACAUUAGUGCCUAAAAAUAAGUAAUAUUAUAAUAUUUAUUUUUAAAAAAUUAAAUAAUAUUGUGUAAAAAUUUCCUACUAUAUUGUAUGGAACUUUAAUGAAAUUAGACAUUUACCUUAGAAUUAUUAAUAAAACCUCAAAGUUUGAAUUCAUUUUUAAUACCUGUUCUUUACAAGUUCAGU